UCGUUCUUUGGUUCGCCGCGCUUUACGCGAUAGUACGCGUCGAUACACGCCAGAGGUUACAUGUCUCCCUAUAUGUAUUUCAAUUUUAUCAAUCGACAGGUAUUUCUUAUUUGUAUACUUUUAAUGUCAAUUUCGUUGACGCCAAUAUUUCGAUAUUAUCGAUUUUUCGACAUACGACGUGAGAAAAGUAAUCGUGUUCAUUACGAUAUUACUUAUUUCAUCGAUCGAUCAGCCUAAUUAGUAGAAUUUACAAGGAGAGAAAAAAAAAAAAAUCUAUCCAUCUAUCUCCGAGUAAAUCGAAUCGUAAUGAGUAAUCGAUAUAUCGAGCAUCCAUCCAUUUACAUUUUUGGCUGUUGGCAUAUGGAAUGAAAUUUUUUGUAGUAUUUUAAAAGAAUGUGUUAUUACCGAUUAAUAUAGAGCAGGUCUCCGACGGGCCACAUUGCGUCAUGGUCAACGACUAUGGAUGACAAUCCAUCGCGAUCGAAUAUCUUGGAACGAAUAUUUUAUACUGUAAAUGGAGGCAUUCGAUGGAGUACGGAACAAAUUAAAUCGGCGUGUCCUUGGAGAAGAAAAAAGGGCGAAAGUCAAUUAACCAUUCCCGAAGGAGAAAUCGAUAUACGAGCCGACACUCGUACCGACGCUCGUAUCGACACUCGUGCCGACGCUCGUACCGACGCUCGUGCCGACGCUCGUGCCGACGCUCGUGCCGACGCUCGUACCGACGCUCGUGCCGACGCUCGUGCCGAUGGUCGUACCGAUGCUCGUGCCGACGAUCGUGCCGAUGGUCGUACCGAUGCUCGUGCCGAUGGUCGUACCGACGCUCGUACCGACCCUCGUGCCGACGCUCGUACCGACCCUCGUACCGACGCUCGUACCGACGCUCGUGCCGACGCUCGUGCCGACGCUCGUACCGAUAUAGCGAGCAGAGAAAAAUCUAAAGAUUUAGAUCGAGAGCUACGGGAUUACACAGCACCUAGUGAAAUGUGUCCGCCACAAAAGCCAUCCUGUUGUUUUAUUAAAAUGCAGGUUAAUGAGCGUUAACGAUUAGAAAAAAAUCUAAAUUCCAGCAAACGUUUACUACUUAUUAGACGUUUUAAAAGAAA